UCGACGUCACGACAAUGUCUCACCACAAACCUGUUGAGUACAUUCUACUUGACCUGGACGAUACCUUGACUCAAACAUGCCUUCUAACUGUGGCAUUUGUGAAAAAGAGGUAUCGAAGUAUAAAUGCCCGACCUGUGCCAUUCCAUAUUGUUCUUUGACGUGCUAUAAACCUCACAAAGCUGCACAUGCUACAGAUACUAUACCUGAGCUGCAACAUGAAGACCAGGAAGAAGCGCAGCCUGAUCACGACACUCCAGCACCCCAAGGCUACGCGUCCUGGCCACCCGACUUUUCUGCCUUGCCGGUCAAUCCCAAGCUAGAAAAUCUGCUGAGUCAGUAUCCGAAUCUAAAGGAUCAGCUUCGAUCAAUAUUUCUCAAGACUUUUGAGCCACCAACACAAGACCAGAACGACUCCAGUAGCUUCCGUGGGCGAGGGAGAGGUGGUCGUUAUCGUAACGGACGGGGCACAUUCCGCGGUCGCGGUCGUGGUGGACACGGGCAUGGACCGUGGACGAAAGAAAAGGGAGAUAAAGCUGCUCUAUACCAUAUGCAGCAGAUUGAGAAUUCGAACAGUGAAGGCAGUGAAAGUUUGCAAGCUUUUGUGGAGACUGUCUCUGAGCUUUACGAAAAAGAAAAGAUUGCCUUCACUUGAUUUGCGCAUCACGACCAUGCACCAACAAAUAAGCUCCGCAAACCAUCGUUGACUGCUGAACGACGCACUGUAAACCAGAUAUCGAUCCUAAAGCCUUUCCUUGGCUGCCG